AUGCAGGGGCCCCCCAGCCAUACAGGGCCUCCAGUCGACAGAACCCCCAGUCCACAGAGCCCUUGCCAACAGGGCCUCCAGUCCUGCAGGGCCCCCAGUCAUAGGGGCCUCCAGUCAUACAGAGCCCCCAGUCAUACAGAAAGCCCUUACACACCAGGGCCUCCAGUCAUGCAGGGGCCCCCCAGUCGCCAGGGCCCCAGUCAUACAGAGCCCCCAGCCUCAGAGCCGCCCAUACGGGGGCCUCCAGUCAUCAGGGCCCCCAGUCAUACAGGGCCCCCCAGCCAUACAGGGCCCCCAGCCAACAGAGCCCCCCCAGUCAUACAGGGCCUCAGUCACACAGGGCCCCAGUCACAGGGCCUCAGUCAUACAGGGCCUCCAGUCAUGCAGGGCCUCCAGUCACAGGGCCUCCAGUCAUACAGGGCCUCCAGUCAUGGGGCCCCCAGCCACACAGGCCCCAGCCAUACAGGGCCUCCAGUCAUGCAGGGCCCCCAGCCACCAGAGCCCCCAGCCAUACAGGCCUCCAGUCAUGCAGGGCCCCCAGCCAUCCUGGGGCCUCAGUCAUACGGGCCUCAGUCAACAGGGCCUCCAGUCAUGCAGGGCCCAGUCAUAAUAGGCCCCCAACUCUGA